UAUGAGGAUAGCUAUCUGGCUAUUGAAGAUUCCUGUAUGUGGUCUGUGGAAGAAGACGUGACUUUGAAAUAGGAUCGGAUUUACAUAUUUAUCCUGGAGAGAGAAAAGACAUUUCAAAAGUUGUCUAAAAAUGGCAGAUCAAGAUCAACCACAAGAGGGAGCUAAUGUGAACAUUAUAGCUGCGCCAUCUCUGUCUGCGCCACAAGUCGCACUACAACGUGAUAUUGUUGAGCCACAACUUCAAGCUCAAGCUGAUCGAGCAUCCUCCAAGAAAAAAAGGAAGAAGAAAAAGAAGAACAAGAAGAAAAAGGAAAUUCCCUCUUUACCAGCACUGCUACCUGCAGCUGCACAAGCUGAACUACAACAUAAUGUGGCUGCACCACAACAUCAAGUGAAGGAUGAUGCAGCAUCUCCCGAGGCAAAAAGGAAGAAAAAGCCAAUUUCCGUUUCAUUAGCUGCGCCAUCUCUGUCUGCGCCACAAGUCGCACUACAACGUGAUAUUGUUGAGCCACAACUUCAAGCUCAAGCUGAUCGAGCAUCCUCCAAGAAAAAAAGGAAGAAGAAAAAGAAGAACAAGAAGAAAAAGGAAAUUCCCUCUUUACCAGCACUGCUACCUGCAGCUGCACAAGCUGAACUACAACAUAAUGUGGCUGCACCACAACAUCAAGUGAAGGAUGAUGCAGCAUCUCCCGAGGCAAAAAGGAAGAAAAAGGCAAUUUCCUUUUCAUUAGCUGCGCCAUCUUUGUCUGCACCACAAAUCGCACUACAACAGGAUGCUGUUGAGCUACCAGAUCAAGCACAAGUUGAUCGAGCAUCAUCCAAGAAAAAAAGGAGGAAGAAAAAGAAGAACAGGAGAAAAAAGGAAAUUUCUUCCUUAUCAGCACCGCCACCUGCACCACUGGCUGGAAUACAACAUGAUGCGACUGCACCACAACAUCAAGAGCAGGAUGAUGCAGAAUCUGCCGAAAAAGAAAUGAAGAAAAGAGGAAUUUCCUCUAUAUUAGAUGCAUCUUCUCCAGACUUUCCAAUAUCUUCACCCCCGACCCAUCAACCACUACCAGUUGCUGCCACAGCAUUCGAUCCUGUCUAUAAAGGGGAUCCACCCUCACCAGGUUCUGCAACAUAUUUGAAAGCAAAGAAAUCCGCUAAAGUUAAUGUUGAUAUUGAUUCAUCAAACAUUUACAUGGAUGCUGGUAAAGCAACUUUAACUAAAGCAAAAGUAGCAACCACAAUUUUUCAUGCCCCUGUCAACAUCAACAUAGAACAUACAGCAACGCCGCCUACAGCUGAACAACAACAUCAAGUGCAGAAUGAUGCACCAUCUGCCGAAUCAAAAAAGAAAAAAAAGGAGAUUUCCUAUUCAUCAGGAGAGCACACAACAGAAUUUAUUGACCAUUUCUACGAGAGAACCGCAAAUAAAACAAAAGUGAACAUUACAGAAAAUUACAGAGCACAAAAAUUAAAUGAACCAGACUUUGAAGUAAAUCCCCAACUUAGAGAAGUGCCUGAUUUCUACAGAGGAGAAAUGGCCCCCAAAGUUACUGAAUAUAAUAUCGAGCCUGGAUUUUCAGUUAAAAAAAGUGAAGAAAAAUAUGGAGAACUUAUUUCUCUAGAUGAACUCGUAGAACAGUUACGCAGCAAAAAAUACAGGUACACCGCCAUGAUCGGACAGGCCGGUAGCGGGAAAACGACAAUGACAAAACGUCUCGCCGGAAGACUGCAAAUCGCAGACAAAGCCCCAGCUGAUGAAAAAUUGAAGCCGGAACGUCGCUUUGAAUUUUUUCAUCACCUGGAAAUAAAAAAUAUUCCAAUUUUCAAUGGAACUACAGAAGAUGAUAAAAUCAGUCCACAUGAACUAUUAUUUGGAAAAAUAGAGCCAGUACUCGCAGAACCAGCUGUAGAAGGUGGCUAUGAAUGGAUGCAAGAAAAUCAAUCAAAGUGCAUUCUGUUCCUUGAUGGCCUGGAUCAGGCAACUUGGAGUCUCAUUGAAAAAAAACACAACAAGAUGAGGUAUACUGAUAAAUCGAGCACAGCAACUAUCAUGUACAAUCUCAUAACAGGCCAUCUCUUUCCCAAGAUGACAAUCGUGAUUUCUUCACGUGAGCACAGAAUAGCACGCCUCCCUUUAGAACUGAGGCCUCAAUUUAUGACUGCCCUUGCUGGUCUGAAUCUAGAUGACGUUAAGAGGUUGUUCAUUGCGGUUUUGGGAGACACCGGAGAAAAAGCUUGGGAGAAAUUAACAAUGCAGUCACCGGCACUUAUUGCGUUUUCAUCUGUUCCACUUUUCCUAAUUUAUAAUGCAAUCGUUUGUAAGUUCAACCCCGAGAAACUGGCAGAUACUAUGACCGAGGUCGUGCUAGAAAUCCUCCGCAUUUUCACGCGAUCCGAUCACAUCCAUGAAUUCAAACAAAAAAAGGACAAACAAAUUCAACAAAUACUUUGCAACUUGAUGAAAAUGUCAUUCGAUGGCACUAAAGAAAAGAGAGUUAUUUUCACAAUUCAUGAUCUUGAAAAAGUUAAACUUGAAUCCCGUGAAGUUAAUAGCAUUAUUAUCAACGUACCUGGGAAAAGCAUGUUUAACCAACGUCUCAUGGAAAUAGACCAUCUGAUGUUCUUCAGUCAUCAAGUCAUCCAAGAAAUUUUAUCCGCUCUCUAUAUAUCAAAUAUGGAUUCUACCAUGUUUCGCAACUUUGUUGAAACUGAGAUUGAAGGCGAUCACUGGGCAGUUGUUCGUCGUCUACUAAGUGGAAUUAUUCUGAACCCUGAUAUUGAAAGCAAACUCAUAACAAACUUUUCUCCUGAUGCCAGACAAGAUGAAAAGAGAAGAAUUCUGAAAGAAUUUCUCGAAUAUCAGUCAUAUGGAUAUAUGAAACCAUAUCAGAAUAUGGAGCUGUAUGGAACAUUAUAUGAAGCUAACGACACCGAUCUAAUUCAAUCCUACCACCAAAUCAAGAGGAUAAUCGAAUUUACUGAUAUAUCUUUCACUACAGCAGGAAUGCAUCUCAUGUCAUCAGUCAUGCGACGCUGCAAACAACUAGUUAUGGUUUGUCUUGCUAAAUGUGAUCUAAAUGCGGAGUUGGCUCAUAUCCUGCAAUCAAAUCUAGAAGGUUCCUGUUUGAAGAUCGAUUACCUAGAUGUCAGUGUCAACAAAGAUCUUGGACCUGCUGGUUGGGCUGAAGUUGGAUUAGUUGUUACACAAUGUCAGGUGAAGAAAUUCAAGGCUCAGGAAUGCAAUCUCACACGAGAAGAAAUGAAAGCAUUCAGGGAAAACACUUGCAAUGCAAAGUUGGAUAAACUAGAUGUCAGUAACAACCAUUGCAUGUUCUGCGGACCGCCGACUGAUUUCCUAGGUGAAGUUGGAAUAGUUAUUACACAAUGUCAAGUAAAGACAUUCAAGGCUGUGAGGUGCGAUCUGACAACAGAAGCAAUGAAGGAAUUGAAGGAAAACACUCGCAAAGCAAAGUUGGAUAAACUAGAUGUCAGUGACAACUUGGACCUGGAACUUGAUGGCGAAGUUGGAUUAUUUGUUAAACAAUGUCAUGUGAAAACACUCAAGGUUGAGAAUUGCAAUCUCACAGCAAAGAGAAUGAAAGCAUUCAGGAAAAAAACUUCUAAAUCAAAGUCGGAUAAGCUAGAUGUCAGUGGCAACUAUUGGUUUCGACCCGAUGUCAUAGGUGAACUUGGAUUAGUUGUUACACAACGUCAGGUGAAGAAAUUUAAAGCUAACAGUUGCAAUCUGACAGCAGAAGGAAUGAAGGCAUUCAAGAAAAACACUCUCGGUGCAAAGUUGGAGGAACUAGAUGUCAGUGACAACAAGUGCCUUGGACCUGAUGGUUUUGGUGAUCUUGGAGUGGUUGUUACACAAUGUCAGGUGAAGGUAUUCAAGGCUAGAGAUUGCAAUCUGACAGCAGAAGGAAUGAAAGCGUUUAAGAAAAACACUCCCAAUGCAAAGAUCGAAUGCUUGGAUCUGAGAUUUAAGGAAGUCAACAAACUAGGAGAUGAAGUAUUAUCUACAAUCAUUGAAAUUGUUCGUCAAUGUCAGGUUCAAACAUUGAAGAUAGAGUUUUGGAAAUUCAACUCCUAUAAGUUGCAAAGGUUAUACGAAUUGAGAGCUGAUACUGGGGUUAGGAUCAUAUAGAAUCCACAAACAUGCCAGCUUGAAUCUCAUUCUGCUUCAACUUGUCCAUUUUAUCAACAAAAAAUAGUUUUAUCAUAUCAACUGUCAACAGAUAGAUAUUUGCAAACAUUGGAAGAUAUUAUUACUUUUUGUUUCCACUUCAAACAAGGCUAGGGCAAGCAUCCAUUUGUAUAAACGGACAGUACUGUCUAAGGAAUCCUGCAAGUCCCAUUCCUAUAUUAAUGUAUUAUAUUGUUUAAAUCAGUGAUUCUCAAAGUGGGCGAUAUCGCCCCCCAGUGGGCGAAAACGAUACAGAGGGGGGCGAAAAAGUUGAAGCGGGCGAUAGGGAGGCGAUUUCGAGAAACCUGUUGUAUGUUCGGCGCACCUAAUUCUGUAAUCUGUGUGCAUUCGCAGACUUGAAUCACGUGGGCAAUUAUCACACGCGAAAGGAUUUCUGGACUCGUCUUCGCAGUAAGGUACGGUAGUUGCGUAUCCCAGUGGUCGGCAAAAUACGGCCGGAGU